AUGUUGAGAUCAUCUUUCUGUCCAUCCAUCAUAAGGUCUAUCAGUAAAACUUGGCUGUCUCUAUACUGUCUUGGCUGGCUGCCUCUAUACUGUCUUGGCUGGCUGGCUCUGUACUGUCUUGGCUGGCUGUCUCUAUACUGUCUUGGCUGGCUGCCUCUAUACUGUCUUGGCUGGCUGCCUCUGUACUGUCUUGGCUGGCUGCCUCUAUACUGUCUUGGCUGGCUGGCUGCCUCUAUACUGUCUUGGCUGGCUGCCUCUAUACUGUCUUGGCUGGCUGCCUCUAUACUGUCUUGGCUGGCUGCCUCUAUACUCUUGGCUGGCUGCCUCUAUACUGUCUUGGCUGGCUGCAUCUAUACUGUCUUGGCUGGCUGCCUCUAUACUGUCUUUGCUGGCUGCCUCUAUACUGUCUUGGCUGGCUGCCUCUAUACUGUCUUGGCUGACUGCCUCUAUACUGUCGUGGCUGGCUGGCUCUAUACUCUUGGCUGGCUGCCUCUAUACUGUCUUGGCUGGCUGCCUCUAUACUGUCUUGGCUGGCUGCCUCUAUACUGUCUUGGCUGGCUGCCUCUAUACUGUCUUGGCUGGCUGCCUCUAUACUGUCUUGGCUGGCUGCCUCUAUACUGUCUUGGCUGGCUACCUCUAUACUGUCUUGGCUGGCUGGCUGCCUCUAUACUGUCUUGGCUGGCUGCCUCUAUACUGUCUUGGCUGGCUGCCUCUAUACUGUCUUGGCUGGCUGCCCCUAUACUGUCUUGGCUGGCUGCCUCUAUACUGUCUUGGCUGGCUUCCUCUAUACUGUCUUGGCUGGCUGCCUCUAUACUGUCUUGGCUGGCUGCCUCUAUACUGUCUUGGCUGGCUGCCUCUAUACUGUCUUGGCUGGCUGUCUCUAUACUGUCUUGGCUGGCUGCCUCUAUACUGUCUUGGCUGGCUGCCUCUAUACUGUCUUGGCUGGCUGCCUCUAUACUGUCUUGGCUGGCUGCCUCUAUACUGUCUUGGCUGGCUGCCUCUAUACUGUCUUGGCUGGCUGCCUCUAUACUGUCUUGGCUGGCUGCCUCUAUACUGUCUUGGCUGGCUGCCUCUAUACUGUCUUGGCUGGCUGCCCCUAUACUGUCUUGGCUGGCUGCCUCUAUACUGUCUUUACAUUUACAUUUUACAUUUACAUUUUACAUUUACAUUUUAGUCAUUUAGCAGACGCUCUUAUCCAGAGCGACUUACAGGAGCAAUUAGGGUUAAGUGCCUUGCUCAAGGGCACAUUUACGUCAUUUAGCAGACGCUCUUAUCCAGAGCGACUCACAAAUUGGUGCAUUCACCCUAUAGCCAGUGGGAUAACCACUUUUUAAAAAAUUUUUGGGGGGGGUGGGGUGGUAGAAGGAUUACUUUAUCCUAUCCCAGGUAUUCCUUAAAGAAGUGGGGUUUCAAAUGUCUCCGGAAGGUGGUGAGUGACUCCGCUGUCCUGGCGUCGUGAGGGAGCUUGUUCCACCAUUGGGGUGCCAGAGCAGCGAACAGUUUUGACUGGGCUGAGCGGGAACUAUGCUUCCGCAGAGGAAGGGGAGCCAGCAGGCCAGAGGUGGAUGAACGCAAUGCCCUCGUUUGGGUGUAGGGACUGAUCAGAGCCCGAAGGUACAGGGGUGCCGUUCCCCUCACUGCUCCAUAGGCAAGCACCAUGGUCUUGUAACGGAUGCAAGCUUCAACUGGAAGCCAGUGGAGUGUGCGGAGGAGGGGGGUGACGUGAGAGAACUUGGGAAGGUUGAACACCAGACGGGCUGCGGCGUUCUGGAUGAGUUGUAGGGGUUUAAUGGCACAGGCAGGGAGGCCAGCCAACAGCGAGUUGCAGUAAUCCAGACGGGAGAUGACAAGUGCCUGGAUUAGGACCUGUGCCGCUUCCUGUGUAAGGCAGGGUCGUACUCUCCGAAUGUUGUAGAGCAUGAACCUGCAGGAGCGGGUCACCGCCUUGAUGUUAGCGGAGAACGACAGGGUGUUGUCCAGGGUCACGCCAAGGCUCUUCGCACUCUGGGAGGAGGACACAACGGAGUUGUCAACUGUGAUGGCGAGAUCAUGGAACGGGCAGUCCUUCCCCGGGAGGAAGAGCAGCUCCGUCUUGCCAGGGUUCAGCUUGAGGUGGUGAUCCGUCAUCCAUACUGAUAUGUCUGCCAGACAUGCAGAGAUGCGAUUCGCCACCUGGUUAUCAGAAGGGGGAAAGGAGAAGAUUAGUUGUGUAUCGUCAGCGUAGCAAUGAUAGGAGAGGCCAUGUGAGGAUAUGACAGAGCCAAGUGACUUGGUGUAUAGGGAGAAAAGGAGAGGGCCUAGAACUGAGCCCUGGGGGACACCAGUGGUGAGAGCACGUGGUGCGGAGACAGCUUCUCGCCACGCCACUUGGUAGGAGCGACCGGUCAGGUAGGACGCAAUCCAGGAGUGAGCCGCACCGGAGAUGCCCAGCUCGGAGAGGGUGGAGAGGAGGAUCUGAUGGUUCACAGUAUCAAAGGCAGCAGACAGGUCUAGAAGGACAAGAGCAGAGGAGAGAGAGUUAGCUUUAGCAGUGCGGAGAGCCUCCGUGACACAGAGAAGAGCAGUCUCAGUUGAAUGACCAGUCCUGAAACCUGACUGGUUUGGAUCAAGAAGGUCAUUCUGAGAGAGAUAGCAAGAGAGUUGGCUAAAGACGGCACGCUCAAUAGUUUUGGAAAGAAAAGAAAGAAGGGAUACUGGUCUGUAGUUGUUGACAUCAGUGGGAUCGAGUGUUGGUUUUUUGAGAAGGGGAGCAACUCUCGCUCUCUUGAAGACGGAAGGGACAUGGCCAGCGGUCAAGGAUGAGUUGAUCAGCGAGGUGAGGUAGGGGAGAAGGUCACCGGAGAUGGUCUGGAGAAGAGAGGAGGGGAUGGGGUCAAGCGGGGCAGGUUGUUGGGCGGCCUGCAGUCACAAGUCGCAGGAUUUUAUCUGGAGAGAGAGGGGAGAAAGAAGUCAAAGCAUAGGGUAGGGCAGUGUGAGUAGGACCAGCAGUGUCAUUAGACUUAACAAACGAGGAUCGGAUGUCAUCAACCUUCUUUUCAAAGUGGUUGACGAAGUCAUCCACAGAGAAAGAGGAGGGGGGGGGGGAGGGGGGGAGGAUUCAGGAGGGAGGAAAAUGUGGCAAAGAGCUUCCUAGGGUUAGAGGCAGAUGCUUGGAAUUUAGAGUGGUAGAAAGUGGCCUUAGCAGCAGAAACAGAUGAAGAAAAUGUAGAGAGGAGGGAGUGAAAAGAUGCCAGGUCGGCAGGGAGUUUAGUUUUCUUCCAUUUCCGCUCCGCUGCCCGGAGCUCUGUUCUGUGAGCUCGCAAUGAGUCAUCAAGCCACGGAGCUGGAGGGGAGGACCGAGCCGGCCGGGAGGAUAGGGGACACAGAGAGUCAAAAGAUGCAGAAAGGGAGGAGAGGAGGGUUGAGGAGGCAGAAUCAGGAGAUUGGAGGGAGAAGGAUUGAGCAGAGGGAAGAGAUGAUAGGAUGGAAGAGGAGAGAGUAGUGGCUGGCUGCCUCUAUACUGUCUUGGCUGGCUGCCUCUAUACUGUCUUGGCUGGCUGCCUCUAUACUGUCUUGGCUGCCUCUAUACUGUCUUGGCUGGCUGGCUCUAUACUGUCUUGGCUGGCUGAAUCUAUACUGUCUUGGCUGGCUGUCUCUAUACUGUCCUGGCUGGCUGUCUCUAUACUGUCUUGGCUGGCUGCAUCUAUACUGUCUUGGCUGCAUCUAUACUGUCUUGGCUGGCUGCCUCUAUACUGUCUUGGCUGGCUGUCUCUAUACUGUCUUGGCUGGCUGUCUCUAUACUGUCUUGGCUGGCUGUCUCUAUACUGUCUUGGCUGGCUGCCUCUAUACUGUCUUGGCUGGCUGCCCCUAUACUGUCUUGGCUGGCUGCCUCUAUACUGUCUUGGCUGGCUGGCUGCCUCUAUACUGUCUUGGCUGGCUGCCUCUAUACUGUCUUGGCUGGCUGCCUCCAUACUGUCUUGGCUGGCUGCCUCUAUACUGUCUUGGCUGGCUGCCUCUAUACUGUCUUGGCUGGCUGCCUCUAUACUGUCUUGGCUGGCUGCCUCUAUACUGUCUUGGCUGGCUGCCUCUAUACUGUCUUGGCUGGCUGCCUCUAUACUGUCUUGGCUGGCUGCCUCUAUACUGUCUUGGCUGGCUGCCUCUAUACUGUCUUGGCUGGCUGCCUCUAUACUGUCUUGGCUGGCUGUCUCUAUACUGUCUUGGCUGGCUGUCUCUAUACUGUCUUGGCUGGCUGUCUCUAUACUGUCUUGGCUGGCUGCCUCUAUACUGUCUUGGCUGGCUGCCCCUAUACUGUCUUGGCUGGCUGCCUCUAUACUGUCUUGGCUGGCUGGCUGCCUCUAUACUGUCUUGGCUGGCUGCCUCUAUACUGUCUUGGCUGGCUGCCUCCAUACUGUCUUGGCUGGCUGCCUCCAUACUGUCUUGGCUGGCUGCCUCUAUACUGUCUUGGCUGGCUGCCUCUAUACUGUCUUGGCUGGCUGCCUCUAUACUGUCUUGGCUGGCUGCCUCUAUACUGUCUUGGCUGACUGCCUCUAUACUGUCUUGGCUGGCUGCCUCUAUACUGUCUUGGCUGGCUGGUUCUAUACUGUCUUGGCUGGCUGGCUCUAUACUGUUUUGGCUGGCUGCCUCCAUACUGUCUUGGCUGGCUGGCUCUAUUCUCCCGUAGCGUCCUUCCUCCUCUUGUCUUCUAACAAGAAGUAAAGGAGAGGAUGAGGCAUUUUCAGUUUUCCAAGGGAGAAAGUGACAUACAAAAAAACCCACACAGAAAACACAAAACUCAUAUUGGUUUAUAAUGGUUUUCAUAGAUGGUGGUCAAUGUGCGUUUUGCGCUCAUGCACCCAUAUGUGUGUGUGUGGUUUUGUGUUUGGGUGUGUGUGUUUUGUUUGUGUUUUUGUGUGUGUGUGUUUGUGUGUGCGUGUGUUUGUGUACUAAAGUACACGUUAGUGAGAGUGUCAGUGUGUGUUUUGUGUUAUCUCUUACCUAACACUUAUCAAACAGGAGAUUUGUGUUUCUAUAUAAAGAUUUAGGAUCUUAGUUUGAUCACCAUGUUGUUGCAGGACAUUUCCUGUACAGCAGGAAAUGCAAAGUUGUAGUGUAUUCAAGGUUUAAAAAGGCUCCUAAAGUUUGUAAUUUCAACCUUAAAAUGUCAGACCUGAUUUUCCCCUAAUGAAAAAUGUAUCAACCCCUACAAAAAUGUCCACGAAUCAUAAUAAUCCACACAAUAUUUCACAUGACCUGUUGCUGCAGGAUUCUUUUCCUGCUGUGAGAAACCGGUCAAAUGAAGAUCCUACAUCUGUGUAGUCCCCUCUAACCUUCAACCUCUACCCUCCACUGUCCCACAAAUCCCUGCGACCCCACAGCCUGAUGAAACAGACCAAUCCCAUGGUUUUUGUCCCAAAUAGUGCACUACUUUUGAUCAAAAGAAGUGCACUAUAUAGGUAAGGGGGUGUGAUUUGGGACAAAGCCCUGGUAUUUGGGAAGUAAUCCUGGGUAGGCAGAUUUGCUGGGCAGCGGGUGAGGCGGGCAGAGUGGCACACAAAUGUUGUGUCCUAAAUGGUACCCUAUUCCCUUUAUAGUGCACUACUUUAGACCAGGGCCCUUAGGGGGCCCCAUAGGGCUCUGGUCAAAAGGGGUGCACUACAUAGGGAAUAGGGUGCCAUUUGGGAGGCAAGUAAAGCCGUCCUGUUUGGCAGUGCCAUGUCAGAGACAGAUUAGUAACAGUACAGAACGGUGCUGACAGGGAUUGCCAGAUUUGCCACAGCCUUAAGCAGUCACACACACACACACAUGCACACACACACACACACACACACACACACACACAACACAUGGAAUGGUGAUUGUAGCAGUGCAGCCAUGAAUAGUCAUGCUGUUCAUGUGAACAUAAAGAAAGACAGAGGGAUGCAUGGGCGUGUGAUGAGCUGAGAAUAGAUUACAUUUGACUCUGACCCUCUCAGGAAAUGGCGGAUUCUCACACAAACACACACACCACACACACACACACACACUCAUUGAAAUGUAAACAAAUAGAAAAAUCCUAGGCUCUCAAUUAAAUUCUCCCCAAGAGAACUCUAGUUCAAUCCAUUCCAUCCGCUGAUACGUGAGGGGAAUCACACGCACACACACACACACACAUCCGUUGAAUACGUGAGCUCCAUGUGAAAUCCAUGACGGUUGUCAUGGAACCCACAUAGCAACCAGCUACACAUGUACGCUACUACCUCUGGUUGGCUUUUGAAAAGCGAUGGGGGAGAGAGAGGGGGUGGGGGAGAGAGGGGAGUGGGGGAAAGUGAGGGAUGGAGAAAGAGGGGGUGAGAGAGAGAGAGGAGGUGGGUGAAAGAGGGGGUGGGAGAGAGAAAGCUUUGUCUAUGUACACAUUCAGUGAGCAUAGCCUUGCUAUUAAGAAAGGCAGCCGUAGGCAGACCUGGCUCUCAAGAGAAGACAGGCUAUGUGCACACUGCCCACAAAAUGAGGUGGAAACUGAGCUGCACUUCCUAACCUCCUGACAAAUGUAUGAUCAUAUUAGAGACACAUAUUUCCCUCAGAUUACACAGACCCACAAAGAACUGGAAAACAAAUCCAAUUUUGAUAAACUCCCAUAUAUAUUGGGUGAAAUACCACAGUGUGCCAUCACAGCAGCAAGAUGUGACCUGUUGCCACAAGAAAAGGGCAACCAGUGAAGAACAAACACCAUUCUAAAUACAACCCAUAUUUAUGUAUAUUUAUUUCUCCCAUUUGUAUUUAAACUAUUUGUAUAUAUACAUAAUAUGACAUUUGAAAUGUCUUUAUUAUUUUGGAACUUCUGCAUAUAAUGUUUACUGUUAAUAUUUAUUGUUUAUUUCACUUUUGUUUACUAUCUACUUCACUUGCUUUGGCAAUGUUAACAUACGUUUCCCAUGCCAAUAAAGCCCUUAAAUUGAAAUGAAGUUGAAUUGAGAGGGGUGGGAGAGAGAGAGGUGGUAAAGGGAAUGAAAUAGAGAUCAGGAAGGGGCAAGGGGGUGAGCAUAACAGACUACUACAGAUUAAGAGAUGGAGUCAAUCAAAUGAGAGAGAGGAGAGGACAGAGAGAGGAGAGGACCGAGAGAGGAGAGGACAGAGAGAGGAGAGGAUAGAGAGAGGAGAGGACAGAGGGAGGAGAGGACAGAGAGAGGAGAAGACAGAGAGAGAGAUUACAUAGAGAGGAGAGGACAGAGAGAGUAGAGACAGAGGAUGAUAAGAACAGAGAGAUUAGAUGACAGCGAGGGGAUAGGACAAGAGAUGUAUAUGACAGAGAGAGGAUAGUUAGAGAGAUGGAGAGGAAGAGGAGUAGGGACAGAGAGAGGAGAGGAUCAGAUAGAGCAGAGGUACCAUAGUUAGGAGACAUAGAUAGCAGAGGACAGAGAUUCACAAGGACAGAGAGAGGAGAGGACAGAGGGGGAUAGGACAGAGAUAGGAGAGACAGUAUAGAGAGAGGACCGAGGAGGCAGAGACGAUGAGGAGAGACGUCUCUCAUCCCUCUCUCUCUCUCCUUACUCUCUCUCUUCUCUCUCAUCUCUUCUUUCUCUCUCUCUCUCUCUCCCUCUCAUCUCUCUCUCUCCCUUCUCUCAUUCUUUCCCUCUCUCUCUCUCUCUCUCUCUCUUCCUCAUCUCUCUCUCUCCUCUCUCUCUUCUUUUCUCUCUCUUCUCUCUCCCUCUCUCUCUCCUUCUCUCUCUCUCUCUCUCUUUUCCCUUUCUCUCCUCUCUCCUCUCUUCUCCCCCCCUCUCCUCUCUCGCUUUUUUUCUCUCCUCUCUUUCUCCCUCUCCCCCCUUUUCUUCUUUCACCCCUCUUCUUUGUUUUCGCUUUCUUAGGCCCUUUCCCGGGGUUUGAGGGGAGGAAGCGAAGAGAGGAGAGAGAAAAGAUAGAUAUAGCGAUCGAAAUAAGAGAGAUGAUAGUCAGGAGAGAGAAUAGUAGCGCGAGAGAAAAAGAGGAGGAGAUGAGCCCUCCUCUUGUCCUUGGAGUGUUGUUUGGGGUUUGGUAAAUUUCUGGGGGUUAAUUUAUUUUCCUAUAUGUUUUGCUUUUAAAGGGUUCUAGGUUUUGCGUUCACUAUGUGGUUCGUCCGGGCAGAGGGCGCAACUAGACCGAACACAUAUUUUGUGUAUGCGUGUGUGUAUACUGUGUGUCCCUGCCUGCCUGCCUGCGCGCGUGUGUGUGUGUGUGCAUACGCCCAUGUGUGCGUACAUGUGAAUGUGUGUUGGUUUGGUUAUUUCCAGACUGAUUAAUCAGUAAUGACAGACAUUACUCUGAGGGUUAGGGACAUUUAUACAUUUACAUUUACAUUUUACAUUUUAGUCAUUUAGCAGACGCUCUUAUCCAGAGCGACUUACAUAUUAUUUUUUUAUACUGGCCCCCUGUGGGAAUCGAACCCACAACCCUGGCGUUGCAAACACCAUGCUCUAUCAACUGAGCUACAUCCCUGCCGGCCAUUCCCUCCCCUACCCUGGACGACGCUGGGCCAAUUGUGCGCCGCCCAUGAGUCUCCCGGUCGCGGCCGGCUGCGACAGAGCCUGGAUUCGAACCAGGAUCUAGUGGCACAGUUUUGCACUGCGAUGCAGUGCCUUAGACCACUGCGCCACUCAGGAGCUCAAUGCUCUUACUAAGACACACAUGACUUACACAGAAGACACAGAAAGAGAAUGAAAGAGAAUGCAUUUCUAUUUAAAGGGUGUGAGUGGGUGUACGUAUGUGAUGCAACUUGAUGAAAGUGUGAGAGCACUCUGGAACAGAGAAAAAAUACAGAAAAUGUGUGAAUUUAGCCAAUAAGCAAAUAGCAAUCUACGUCAUUGUGAUGUCAUCAGAAGAACCCAUGAGUUUCUUCCUUGUUUCAGAGGAGUUUAGAUUCCAUCAUUCACCCUUCUAGCUAAAUGGAAGACUACAUUCCAGAAUGUUUCAGAGGAAUUUAGAUUCCAUCAUUCACCCUUCUAGCUAAAUGGAAGACUACCUUCCAGAAUGUUUCAGAGGAAUUUAGAUUCCAUCACUAACCCUUCUGGCUAAAUGGAAGACUACAUUCCAGAAUGUUUCAGAGGAAUUUAGAUUCCAUCACUAACCCUUCUGGCUAAAUGGAAGACUACAUUCCAGAAUGUUUCAGAGGAAUUUAGAUUCCAUCAUUCACCCUUCUAGCUAAAUGGAAGACUACAUUCCAGAAUGUUUCAGAGGAAUUUAGAUUCCAUCACUAACCCUUCUGGCUAAAUGGAAGACUACAUUCCAGAAUGUUUCAGAGGAAUUAACAUUCCACCAUUUACCCUUCUGGCUAAAUGGAAGAUUCUACACUGGCAGUCCCCAUAGGAUAACUUUUCUUGGUUCCUGGGAGAAUCCUUUUUGGUUCCACGUAGAACCCUUUUGGGUUAUAUGUAGAGCCCUAUGUGGAAAAUAAUCAAAAGGGUUCUACCUGGAACCAAAAGGGUUAUACCUAGAAUCAAAAAAGGUUCUACCUGGAACCAAAAGGGUUCUACCUAGAACCAAAAGGGUUCUACCUAGAACCAAAAAGGGUUCUUCAAAGGAUUCUCCUACAGGGACAGCCAUAGGACCAUUUUAGGUUCUAGAUAGCAGCUGUUUUUCCUUAGUGUAGAACAGUGUCUCUCAACCUGCGGUCAUGUGUCUCCUGUGAAAGCUCUCUCACAUCCUCUCUCUCCCUAGAGACUCUUUCUCUCUCUCUCUCUCUCUCUCUCCUCUCUCUCUCUCUCUCUCUCUCUCUCUCUCUCUCUCUCUCUCUCUCUCUCUCUAUCUCUCUCUCUCUCUCUCUCUCUCUCUCUCUCUCUCUCUCUCUCUCUCUCUCUCUCUCUCUGUCUGUGUGUCACUUUCCCUUCCUGUGGGAUACUCAGUGGGAAGGGUUAGGGGUGAGAAGUCACUCUAUCGCUGCCAAAACAUGAGAAUGCCGGGGUCCCCUCAAAUACUCCCUCAAAAUAUUUGUCAAUCUCUCUUUCUCUUUCUCUCUUUCUGUCUCUCAAUUCAAAUUCAAUUCAAGGGAUGUCUCUCUCUCCCUCUCAUCCAUUUAUACAAAUUAUCUUUCUUCCUCUACCCCAAUUAAAGGCAUAUACACAGGCUUACAGCGAUUUCUUCUAUAACCUCCACAUGGCCCUCAUUAACAUGCAUGCGCAGAUCGCACACUUCACACACACACACACACACACCUCAUUCCCUCCUCUCCUUGGUGUUAAUCUCUUGGUUGAUUUACAAUCGUCUGGAGACAACAGCAUCAUUAACGGACAUUAGCACUUCUCUGUUAUCACUCCCCCACUGUGUGUGUGGAUAUUUUUUUACAGAAACAGUGACAGUCUAUCUCAGUAUGACACAGUGUAUUAUAGGGGGGUGUAAAUGGUUGUUCCCUAAGGACACCCUAUUCCCUUUAUAGUGCACUACUUUAGACCUGGGCCAAUAGAGGGUGGCGUCUUUCUCACAGCAGCAAACAUAGAAAUAUAAUCUAGAUUCUAUAUCUAUGGUUACAACAAUAGCAGAUUCUAUAGCGACAACAUAUUGGGUAGAUCUAUAUAUAUGGUUACAACAAUAGCAGAUUAUAUAGCGACAACAUAUUGGGUAGAUUCUAUAUCUAUGGUUGCAACAAAGGCAGAUUCUAUAGCGACAACAUAUUGGGUAGAUUCUAUAUCUAUGGUUGCAACAAUAGCAGAUUCUAUAGCGACAACGUAUUGGGUAGAUUCUAUAUCUAUGGUUGCAACAAAUAGCAGAUUCUAUAGCGACAACAUAUUGUGUAGAUUCUUUAUCUAUGGUUGCAAAAAUUGCAGAUUCUAUAGUGAACCUAUAUUGGGUGGACCGCAACCAACAUCCUUGGGAACUACAGUUAUAUGGAUGUUGACCAUGUUAAGGUGGUCUUGAUUAGUCUCUGUGCUAUCCUGGUGCCCUGGGCUAUUUUCCAAGCCCAUCCAGUGUGUUUACUAUUUGACCUACUUGAGGAUGUCAUUCCCUUGGUUAGGGUUACUGACCUUCCAAGCCUGGAAUGUUUAGGAAAUAAUUGGAAAUUAGCUCCAUGUGGUUGUCUUGGGAUUGUGUGUGUGUGUGUGUGUUUUGUAAUAUCUGUGUAAAGCCUGUGGAUGGACAGCGCUGAUCAUAUGAAAUCCUAUAGAGCUCUGGUCUAAAGUAGUUCACAGUGCAGGGAAUAGGGUUCCACUUGGGAGGCAGCCUCAGAGAGGUGAAAACACACCUAUGUCAACAACCUUUAUGGCAUAGACACCUACAGAUGUAGCAUCUUCAUUUGAGCCAGUUUGCUACAGCAAGGGAAAUAAUCUUGCAGCAACAGGAACUGGGGAUUAAUUAUUAAAUGGAUUAUAAUUAAUGGACAUUUUUGUAGGGAAAAUCAAGUAUAAAAUGUCAAAGUGGAAAUUACAAACUUCAGAAGCCGUUUUAAACCUCAACUACACUACAAGUUUUACAUUUCCUGCAUUCUCCUGCAACAAGGUGAUCAAAUUAAGAUCCUACAUCUGUAUCGUCUCUGGUAUCUGAGACAGAGGCCACACCUGGACUAAACAGGGACAAUAAACACAGAGAAAACGUGGUUAAAAUGUCAAAAGAUGGAAGCAGAGAUAAGGCAUAGAAGUGGUAGGGGAAGUGAGACGGUAGAUUUAAUAAGGGUAAUUUUUGGGGAUCUUUAAGUUUGGGGACCCGGGUUGGUAAAGGGGGGGGGUUGGGAAGGUUGGUGGGGGAGGGGGGGUAGAGUGGGAGGGGUGGGAGGUGUGGGGGGUGGGAGGUCGUCGGGAGGGGUGGGGGUUUUGGAUAGGGAGGGUGGGGUGUGGGGGGGGUGGGUAGAGUGGGGGGGUGGAGGGUUGGUGGGAGGGCGUGGAGGUGAGUGGGGUGCCAUUUUUCUCCCCGCCCCCUUUUCCCCUCCCCCCAAAAUCUCUCUCUCUCUUUCCUGGACUGGACAGCGUGGCCCGCGCCACCACAUGGUGCCUCAGCCCCUUGUCCCUCUAAUCCGAUAACCCCCCGUCCCCGACCACUCAUUACUGUAUAAUCUCUGAAGGAGGGAAGAGAGAGGAGAGGAGAGGAGAGGAAGGAGAGGAAGGAGAGGAGAGGAGAGGAAGGAGAGGAGAGAGGGGAGGAGAGGAAGAAGGAGGAGGAGAGGGGGAGGAGGGGGGGGGGGGGGGAAGGGAGGGGCGAGCAGUUCGGGACUAUCGUCCAGAGUACAGACCAGCUAUAG